GAACGAAGUUAAUAGUCAACGCCACGCCACAAGAAUCUCCAAAAAAGAUUACAAUUUGAUUAACACAGGAUUAUAAUGAUAGUUGAAGUUCUGUUACAGAUUUUACGAUAUUUUUAUUAGUUAGUCAUGCUAAGGGAUAAGGGGCUAGUCACCUUCGAGGAUAAAUGGCCUUCUAUGCGUCCUAUCGUAUUGAAGUUGCUAAAGCAGGAGCCGGUAACACAAACAGAAUGGCAAGAUUUGUUUGGGGCUGUGCAUUCUGUGUGUUUAUGGGACGAGAGGGGGCCUUACAAGCUUCGAGAUGCUCUGCAGCAGGAUAUAAUGAUGUACAUCAAACAAGCGCAGGCUCGUGUGUUAGCACAGCGCGAGGAUCAAGCACUACUGAAGGCGUACAUCGCUGAAUGGGGCAAAUUCUUUACUCAGUGCAAUUAUUUGCCGACUCCUUUCCGUCAACUGGAGAAUUCUAUAAAUAACAUAAGCAAAGUGACAACUUCUAAUACGUCCAGUUCUCAGAAAAAGAAUAAUAAUAACAAUAUAGAUGACAGUCUGGUGCGCAAACUUAUGUUGGAUUCAUGGAAUCAGAGCAUCUUUGUGGAUAUCAAACAGAGGUUACAGGAUUCUGCCAUGAAGCUUGUGCAGGCUGAACGUAAUGGGGAGUCAUUUGAUACACAACUUGUUAUUGGAGUUCGAGAAUCAUAUGUUAAUUUGUGCUCAAAUUCAAUUGAUAAGCUACAAAUUUAUAGAGAUAACUUUGAAGCUGCUUACAUGCAGGCUACAGAAGAUUUCUAUAAGUUAAAAGCAAGUGAACACUUGCUUGCAAAUGGGGUGCAGUCUUACAUGAAAUAUGCUGAUCAGCGCUUGAAAGAAGAGGAGGCCCGGGCUCAUAGGUAUUUGGAGCCAGGCAGUGGCAGUGUGGCAGCUCUCAAUCAGUGUUGUGAAAAAGUUCUCAUAGGAGAACAUUUGCCCACUUUGCUUGCAGAAAGUGCACCCUUGAUUAAGGCAGGAGAAACUGAGAAACUUCAACUUAUGUUUAAACUUCUAGACAGAGUGCCUGAAGGAGUUACUCCCAUACUUAGAGAUUUAGAAGCUCACAUAGUGUCAGCAGGAUUAGCUGACAUGGUUUCUUCAGCUGACAUCAUAACAUCAGAUUCAGAGAAAUAUGUUGAAAGAUUGUUAGAUCUUUUUAAUAGAUUCAGUACUUUAGUUAAAGAUGCUUUCAUGGAUGAUCCUCGAUUUUUAACAGCUAGGGACAAGGCAUAUAAAUGUGUUGUUAAUGACACAACUGUGUUUAAGUUGGAGCUACCCUCUUCAGCUCUGCUCCGUGGCAGCAAAGGCACUGCACCAGAGAGCAAGUGUCCUGAACUUCUUGCUAACUACUGUGAUAUGUUGUUAAGAAAGACUCCACUUAGUAAGCGCUUAACUACAGAACAGAUAGAGUCAAGGCUUAGAGAUGUAUUGCUUGUUUUAAAAUACAUUGAAAACAAAGAUGUGUUUAUGCGGUACCAUAAAGCACACUUAACAAGAAGGUUGAUAUUAGAUUCUAGUGCAGAUUCAGAAAAGGAAGAGGACAUGGUUGAAUGGCUUCGUGAAGUGGGAAUGCCUGCUGAUUAUGUGAACAAGCUAGCUCGGAUGUUCCAAGAUAUUAAAGUUAGUGAGGAUCUAAAUACUCAGUUUAGAGGAGAGACAACACGCCAUGAUGCCAUCAAUAUAAAGAUACUGAAUGCUGGUGCUUGGGCGCGCGGGUCAGAGAGGGUAACAGUUAGUCUUCCUUUAGAAUUAGAAGACUACAUUCCAGAAGUUGAGGAGUUUUACAAGAAAAAGCAUUCAGGUCGUAAAUUGCAAUGGUACCAUCACAUGAGCAAUGGAACCAUUACUUUUGCUAAUUCUGUUGGAAGAUUUGAUCUGGAUGUCACUACUUUUCAAAUGGCAGUGUUGUUUGCAUGGAAUCAAAGGCCCAUGGAAAAGGUGACUUAUGAGAACUUGAGACUCGCCACUGAACUACCUGAUCCAGAAUUGAGGAGAACUUUAUGGUCGUUGGUUGCUUUCCCAAAACUAAAAAGACAAUUGUUAUGCUAUGAGCCAGUUGUACAGAAUCCUAAAGAUUUUUCAGAAAAUACGACAUUCUGGGUAAAUCAGGAAUUUGCAUUAAUUAAAAAUGGAAAACCACAACGAAGAGGCAAAAUUAACUUGAUUGGUAGACUUCAAUUAAGUACUGAACGCUCACAGAUAGAAGACAAUCAUUCUAUUGUUCAGUUGCGAAUUUUGCGAACUCAAGAAGCUAUCAUAAAGAUCUUGAAAAUGCGGAAACGCAUUUCCAACACUGCCCUGCAGAGUGAACUGGUAGAGAUAUUGAAGAAUAUGUUCCUGCCAUCCAAGAAGAUGAUAAAGGAGCAGUUGGAGUGGUUGAUCGAGCACAAGUAUAUGCGACGAGAUGAUGACGACAUCAAUACUUUUAUAUACAUGGCCUAGUUAGUUUCGUUCUCAAGUGUAAAUGAAAUGAACAAAAUCAAAUAAAUUAUUUACCCAGA